AAGAGGAGUUCUUGGAAGGAGGAAUAAAGCGUCUUAAUGGAAGACUUUAAAAAAAAGAGAGAGAGAUAGAAAAGACUGUGAAAGAAUUGCACACUAAAGAAGAAGAAGGAGGAGCCGAGGGGAGGGGAGGAUGGGAGCAGACGAAGGAAAAGGAUGGACGGAGGAGGAACAAGGAAAACCCUCCACUCUGAUCAGAGGUGAUGGACCGACAGCCGAAAAUGGAUUCUGAAGUUGAACUCUUAAAAAAAAGAGGAGGUCCCAUAACACAAACACACACACACACACACACACACACACACACACUCACACACACAUCUUACAUGAGGUGGCACCUUUUAGAUUCCUCUUUUUUCUCCCAAUUUUUUUUUUUUUUUUUGGUUGAAAUGCAUCUCCGUGUCACACACUCAUUCCUCACAACAGAAACUCCCCUCGGCGGUCCGUGCCCUCUGUGUCUCUCUCCGCUUCACACACACACACACACACACACACACACACACACACACACACACACACACACACACACACACACACACACACACACACACACACACACACACACACACACACACACACACACACACACACACACACACACACACACACACACACACACACACCCUCCCGACGCAGAUUUCACACCUUUUAAUGACUGUCACAAAUGCCUCCUGAUUGCAUUGAAAGACGUCCACUCCCCUUGCACACACACACACACACACACAUACACACACACACAGACACACUUUUUCUCUUGCACAAACACACUCGUGCCCGGCACCUCAACCUCGGAGGGCAAUAACACAUCGCUGUGUUCAGAGGUGCAAUAUGUUCACAUGUGCAUACUAAUAAAGCUGUUUUGUGUUGCUCAAACAUGUUUAUGGCUUCUGUGUAAACUGGGUGGCAGCGGAGAGCUUUUACUUUUUACUUUCAAACACUCACAAAGACACACACACACAUUCACACACACACACACACACACACACACACACACACACACACGUACACAUACACGCACACAAAGCCUCCAGUGUUGUAGCCAUGUUUUUUUCUGUGUGACGCCAGUGUUUGAAUCUGGACCUUACAUUUCUCAGAUGUGUUUUGUAUCAGUAUCUAACAUCAUAUAUUGAGAUAUCUUUCAUACUUAAGUGUCACAUCCGUCUGAAAUGACUUUGUUCAACACACGCUGAUGAUGUUCCGAUAUGUUUUUGUUUUUUUUUUGUUUUUUUUUUUUUUUUAUACCAUGAUGGAGGAGUGUGGAUUGUAUUUGACUGUAUCGAAAUUGAUUUUAAAGAUGAAAUGAGAGGAAAAAAAAAAAAAAAACAAACCGCCUCAAACUCUUCUUUCUGUACAACUAUCGACUUGUGUUCUUUCUGUAUGAUGUUCCG